GAGCAGAGUUAUAGAAAACAAAUGGCCAACCCUAGGAGGACGUUAUUUCCCGCAUCCGGCACCCACCACCAACUGCCGGUUUCCACCGGCGGCGGCGACCAAUCUCCGGCGACGGUAGUGAGCUCGCUGAAGUCAUUCCUGAAGAAGCCCCAUGCUUUCCCGUUCCUACUAUCUUUCUUCCUUCUCCUGACAUGGGUCACCUUCAGAUUCCAACGCCCCUCGGAGCAUUUUCCGAGCAUGGGAUUAGGAUCCGGGAUUAUGAAUAUGGGACGCCGCCAUUGGUCUUCCAACGAAGACAAUUCCGCUAACCUUGUUCGAUUCCCUGCUUCUUCUCCACUUGUUGCCAAGGAUAAGCGCGGAUGGCUGCUUAACCCCAUUUCGCUUGCCCUCGAUUCUUCUAUUUCAGGUGGAACAAUGAGCUGUGCAUCCAUUCAUGUGGGUGAGAUUAAACCUGGUGGUGUUAGGGGGAACCAUAGGCAUCAUACAUGCAAUGAGACAUUUGUGAUUUGGGGAGCUCAUACACUUUUCCGGCUAGAAAAUAAUGCAAUUCAAAAAGGCUAUGCCGAGGUGAAGCUUGGUGCAGAUGAGGUUGCUGUUGCAGUUAGCCCCAGCGGAACAGCUCAUGCUCUAGUUAACAUAGAUACUUCCCAAAGUACAUUCUUCAUGGGGUGCCAAGAUAGUGUUGUUAACUAUACUGACUCUAAAACUGAUUUUAAUGUAUGGAAAGAUCUUUAGGUUCUAUGUAUGCUAAAUUUACUUUGCACAGAAUAAUUCAAGGGUUUCAGACUCUGGAGGAUUAGGUUUUGGGAUGA